UGACACCAGGGAUGGCAUUUGUAUGCGUUACCUAGCUCAGCCAAUUGUUGCGUGGCCUGCGCUUCGUUCCUAUUAAGGGAAGGGGGUAAUUACUCGAGCCAGCCCGGUCGGGUUCAGACUACAGCUUGUCUGAAAGUUCUAGUAUCCAUGAGUCAGUGGUGAGGUCGAGUGGGAAGCUUUGCUGAAGUUCUCUUGUCACCUGGAUCUGCCCCCACACCUGCUUCACAAUGUCCAGCAGUAAAAAGAAGAGGAGCAGCAGCUUGACCAGCCUGACUAGAACGCUGUCAGGCCGCAGGAAGAAGGGCACCAGCCGAGGCACCUCUGUGGAGAGAAUGGACGUGUCCGGAGUCGCGCGUGACCUGCUGAUGACCGUCGACCUGAAAGAUGACCAGAUGGUGCAGACAAAGUGUUUCACCAACUGGGCUAACUCAUAUCUGGCCAAGCGCAACCCUCCGGUCACGAUCUUCAACCUGUUUGAGGAGAUGAAGGAUGGGAUCAACCUGCUGUAUCUCCUGGAAGUGCUGUCUGGGGAGGAGCUGGCCGUCAGAAAGGGUCGUGACAUGACACUGUCUGACAAGGUCACCAACGCCAAGGCAUCGCUGGCUUACCUGGAGGACAAUGGGGUCAAGAUCCCAGCUGGGGUGACCCCUCAGGAAAUCACCAAUGGAACUCCCCCCAAGAUUUUGGAUCUCAUGUGGGCUAUCGUCUCUCAUUACCAGAUUGAAGAGGUGGCCAAAAUGUCCCGUAGGACAGUGAGUGGUCUGAAUGCGUCCAUGGCAGAAGACAGUAUGUAUGGUACCAUGCCUCGGACCAGCUCACAGUCCACCACACCCACCAAGGGAGGCAAGUUUGGGUUUAGCGGCAGUUCCUCCAGUCUGCCCUCACUGGGGAAGAGGAAGAAGGGUCGUGACCAGAGUCCUGGGCCUACCAGGAAGAAGUCAGGCAAGGAGACCAAGGAAGCUCAGAAGAUCCUGCUCAAGUGGGCGCAGAACGCUGUGGAUCGACGUGUCGUUGAUGUGAAGGACUUCAGUAAGAGCUGGCGGAACGGUAAGGCGUUCAGUUCCCUGGUGCACACCAUCCAGCCAGACCUGGUGGACAUGCCCCGCCUCUCCACCAAGAGUGCCUCCUCGCGCAUGGAGCACGCCUUCACUGCAGCCGAGAGGUUCCUGGGAAUCCCCAAACUCAUCGACUCAGAAGACAUGGAUGUGGAGAGGCCUGAUGGCAGGAGUGUGAUGACGUACGUGUCCCUGUAUGCUCAAGCCUUCCCACAAGCUGGUGGAUGGACUGCCCCCACCCCAUCACAAAGGGAUGUGCGUUACCUUGGACUUGGCAGUGGCAACACCUCGUCGUUCCGGCGUGCAGGCAGCGCCCGGGGGGCGUAUAACUCCACCAGCAGCGGCGGCGGGCAGUACAUCUCCGGCGUCGGCGCUGGCGAGGUCCCGUCGGUGUCCGUCACGGAGUUUCAGUCUGUCAAGACCACUGAGGUGACGACCUACGAGCAGAACACACAGCUGUCCAGCUACGAGCAGAACGCCCAGCUGGUUACAGAGGACAGCUACAGGACCAGCGAUGUUACGUCCGAUUCCCUCUACGAUGAUGUGAUGAACGAGGUUGGAGCUGGUGGAACCUUCUCCGGCCAGCGGUUCACAGGAGUGAUGAACGGAGCGGCGCAGGACAUGCACGGAGAUGUGGCCGGAGACUUGACCCAGUCUGCCAGCGCCAGCCACGCCAUGGCGGUGAAGGGAGGAGCUUACGAGUACGGGCAGCAGACGUCACAGCAGACCGCAAAGGGAGGUGUUGGUGUCGACUACGGGCAGCAGUCCUACAGGCAGCAGACUUCAGAUCAGAUGUUCACGUUUGACAGCAGCAGGGGUCCUGGACAGUCCCAGUCUACAUCUGUCCGCUCUUCUGCGCUGAUGGACGAUGGCUCGUCCCCCACUGUCGUCAUGGCCAAUAAGGGAGACAUGUCACCGAUUCGUGUGUCUAUCAACUUACCAUCCUACGCUGGGCGGCGAUCAGCCAAGGGUUCGACUGGAGGUGGAGAAGGCCCGGGGAAAGAUGAAUACAGCCGUGGCCUGGGGAACAUCCGUGGCUGGCUGGCAGAUGUGGACAAGGAGUAUCCCAAGGACAUCAUAGUCUACCACCAGGAUGUACAAGAGCACAUCGAGGACUUGGAAACACUUGACACAGAGGCAGGGAAGCAGGAGGACAAGCUGCAGGUCUUGAGUCGGCAGGUUGGAUCCAUGUCUGGGGACGAGGCAGCCGCUGCCAGGAGUGAUCUGAACGAUGUUCAGGAAGAGAUCACCAGAAUCCGAAAUGAUGUCUCCAAGGAAAAGAACAACUGCACCCGGAUGCUUCCAUACGUGAAGCGAUUUGAGGACGACACGGCCGAAAUCGACAACUGGCUGUCUGAUGCUGAGAAGCUGAUGAUGUCACACAUGGUCGAUUCAACCUCAGCCAAGUUCAACCAGAGGGUGCAAAACCACAAGGAGUUCUUUACCACCAGGAACCUCAUGCGCAACAAACUGAGCAGCUGUAACAGUGACCUGAAAAAGAUCGAGGGUCUGUGCCUGCACAACCAUGACAAGACACCCCUGCAGACUCGUUUUGAAGACAUCGACUCCAGGUUUGAGGAUGGCAUGGCCCUGUCUUUGACCUGGGACGACAAACUGGACGAUAUCCAGGAGAACUGGAGGGACUUUGAUAAGCGCACGGAUGACGUGGGGUCCUGGUUGGACAAGGCUAACGACAUCAUGACAGACCGCGACCAGCCGCUGGACAUCCAGAUCGCUCGCCAUGAGACAUUCUUCAAAGACGUGGACUCAGACAUGAUGGAGGGACUGGUGCAGAGUGGAGAGAGACUGGCCGAGGACAUGAAUGACCCAGAGAAGGAGCAGCUGCAGGACCAGAUGGGCAAGAUUGAAAACAAGUGGAAGGAUGUGAUGUACCAAGCACCUAUUGCCCUGAUGAAGCUGAAGUUCCGUAAAUCCCAGGACCUAUAUGAUGAGACCAUAAACAAGCUGGAGAAAGAAUCAAACAGGGAACUGGAGUUGUUGGCAAACCCGUCGGUGGACAGGGAGGACCUCUGGAACACCCAUGAGGGCCUGUACCACAGGGAGCCUGAGGGCUUCCUACCGACCGCGGAGAGGCACGUGAGCGACAUGGAAAACUACAGCAAGGAACUGGUACAGUACAGCGUGGAUGAGAUGUCCCUGGUGGGACCUGCCAAGGAUCACAGGCAGCACUUUGAGAACGUGAAGAGGGAAGAGCGGGUGUUGUGUGACAAGCUGAAGAAUGCAAGGCAACCUCAAAGAUAUGGCGCUUUGGACAGAGGUGCUAAAUAUGGUGCUGCCCCAUCAAGGCUGUCCUAUCAGUACCCUCGGGGAUACAGGCGUCCAGAUAAAGGUUACAGAUACGGUGGUGUUCCGUUCCAUAGGAGCAAACAGUAUCCUGUGGAAGGUGAGAAGCAGGGAAAAGGUGGUGGUGAUGCUGAUGCAGAAAGCAGUGCUUCUGAUACACCAUCUGAUCAGCUACCAAAAGAGGAAAAGCAGGGAAAAGUUGAACCCAAAGUUGUUUCUGUGACUGAUGACAGUGAAAGAAGUGAUACAGUCCCAGCAAACGAUCAGCAGCCGAUACCAGAAGAAAAGCAAGAAAAAGUGGAAGCUGUUGCUACAGAAAGCAGUGCUUCAGUCCCGCCAAGUAAUCAGCAACCUGCUGGUGAAGAAGAGAAGCAGGAAACAGUAACAGUUGAGGCUGAAGCUGACAGCAUUACAGAUAACCAGCAAACCAAGGAGGCUGGCCGUCCAGAUAAAGGUGCCGGCUAUCAUGGUGCCCCAUCUGGAGAUUCUACCCAGCAGUUACCUGACACUACUGACAGUGGUGGUGGUGGUGCUAGUGGUGCCAGUGAUGCUACCAUCUUUGCUACCGUUAUACCAAAAGUACAGCCCCAUGCCAUGAGUCAGGACAGAUGGAGAGGUGAUAGCUAUCCUACUCAUAAGCCACCCCCAUAUCCAGGGUUUGCUGGCAUUUCACAACUAGGGAACGUCCGCCCCACCUCUGUGUAUGAGCCAACACUAGAGCACAGACCAGAAGCCAGCCUAGAUAGGAGAGACAUAUCAGCUAAACUCAAUGAGUUACUUGGACAGCAGCAACAUGCACAUCACCCCACCAAUGCAAGCCACGAACCUCGCUACACCUCCACACUCUACGUACAGCCAUUCAGCCAUCCAGGCCGUAACAAUGACAGAAAGGCCAUGCAUGUCCGAUUUGCCCCUGACCUUGAGCAGACACCAACACAUGCCGAGAAGAAAUAUAACCUGAGUAGUGAACCCACGAAUACUGCAUCAUCACCCAUAACCAUAGUUGUGUCUGAGACAGAAGGAGAUGCCAUUGUUGUGUCUCCAGACAAGUCCUCUUGGUACAAAGGAUAUUACAUGAAGAUCUUGAACCCUAUGGACCAAAACAUUUCUGGAAUGAAGGGCCGGGGAAGUGGAGAGGAUGAGUUGCCGAUGAGAGACAGGGAUGGUCAACAGAGAUCUGGAGAUGGUGCCUCACAGGUGUCCGGUGGUGGCCAAGGACAAUUCCCUGAUGGUAUUAAUGGAUCUGGUGGUGGUCAGCAAAUCAAUAUUCACGAGACCACCAACAUCAUUGUCAAUGAGCAACAUACACUGUAUCCACAGGGCAAGGGUGGUGGACAAGGGUCCUGGAAAACUAGACCAGAGGAGAUCGAACGAGCACACAGGUGGAAGCAGUUCUUUGAGAAGAAGGAGGCCAUGCUGCAAGAGUGCACCAACAUUGAUGACACCCUGGAUGGGGAAGAGCAGUGGGAGAUUACUCCAAACAACGUUAGGGAGAGGGAUCGUUUGUUUGAGCGUCUGGAACGUGACCUGCAGCAUAACAGAGGCGAGACCCCAGAGUUGAAGACCAUGGGCAGCUGGCUGGAGAGGGAGAUGCCUCAUAAGAAAGAAGACAUUGUCGGAGACAUCGCCUAUGUUGAGAGGACACAGGAUGAAACUGAGGAACACUUGCGACGAGCGAGACAGGAGCAUGAGGACCUCCUCACGAGGAUCAACGAGUUCUACGAGUGCAAGGAGAGGACCCACAAGUGCAUUGACAGGGCGGAGCUGGUGCUGAGGAGCAGGAUCUGCCAACGGCCGGCGGACAUCGCCAGUCAGCUGGACAAGCAUGAGAAUGCAGAGAGUGAACUCUCCAACAACAUGCCCAAGCUGGACCUGAUGAGUAAGAGAGGGACGGAGCUGGUCCAGGAUCUCAGGUCAUCCAACCUGUGGAAGACCACGGAGAUUCGCAAAGAGAUGGACCACACCUCACAUCGGUGGAUCGAGGUGAGCGAGCAACUGCACGACAACAAGGAUGUGCUGCGAAACAUGGAGAACAUCUGGGACGAGAUGUACAACAUCAACAGUGACUUUGAGGACUGGUUCAAUGGCCCAGUGGAAGACCUUCGCAAGAGGCUGUACACCAUCAGUGAUGCCAGUGAAGUACCCGACAUGCAGAGGAGGCUAGAUCUGUUCCAGGAUGAGAUAAUUGACCGUGAGAACCAGUGGACCAAGCUGAACAACCGGGCCAAACGGCUACAGGAGCUGAACCAGAACGUCCCCAUCUCUCUGGUGGAGAGGAUGGUGCAGAGGAACAAGGACGGCAUCGAGGAGGCCAAGAAGCUAGCCGUCGAGGGAAGACGCAAGCUGGACAGCUUUAAGGCUAACCAGGACUUCGGCCGUCGCAACUUGGAUCCUCUGCAGAAGUGGCUGGACAAGGAAGAACGCUUGCUGAGUGCCCAGUACGACCUGCAGAUGGACAUCUAUAGCAAGAAAGCGCAAAGAGACAAGUUUGAGAGUUUCUCCAAUGAGAUUGCUUCUCACCGCUGGAAAUUUGAUGAAGUGAACUCCAAGGCCAGGGAAGUGAACCUCAGCCAAAACCCAGAGAUUGUCAGGCAGCUGGAACAGAUCAAUGCCCGCUACAGCGCUCUGAAGAUAGAAUGUGACAACAUAACAAAGAAGUGCGAGGGGCAUGUGACUGACCACGCCCAGUAUGAUGAGCUGUACGAGGAAGCCUCCGAGUGGCUGAGGCAGCAGCGGGAGAAGCUGAAGGAAGCUCAGCGACCCACAACCGACUGGAAGGAACUGGAGGAGAAUCAUGCUAACAUCAAUCUCCUCCUGCUGACCAAGAAGAGGGGAGAGAUCAAGAUUAACAACACCUCGGAGAAGGCCGACGUCACCAUGGAUAACACAUCAGCUGAUGGCAAGCCCAUCAUCAUCGAGCAGGUGGAGUCUCUUCGCCACGACUUCCAACUUUACCAGGAAGAGCUGAAUGCAGCUAAGCUGAAAGUGGAGGGUCAACUGGAGGGAAUGAAGCCAGAGAUCAACCGCUCUAAACUUGACGCAAGUUUAGCGAUUGAGCAGAGACUUGAUCAAAACCUGUCCCAGCAGACGAUCAGUACCUACCAGUACACUGAGUCCAGCAAAACUGUCUAUGGCUCCCAGACCAUUGGUGGUACUGGUGGUACAUAUGGUGGUACUGCCCAGGGCACUGGUGGUGGAUACGGUGGUAUCGGCCAGGGCACUGGCAGUGGAUACGGUGGUAUCGGCCAGGGCACUGGUACUGGAUACGGUGGUAUCACCCAGAGCACUGGCAGUGGAUACGGUGGUAUCGGCCAGAGCUCUAGUGGUGGAUAUAUCUCCCAGACAACCAGUACUAGUGGUGCUGGUGGGAGCGCUGGAGGCCUUGGAGGAGGCUCCAGCAUUAACCAGUUCCUUGGUGGAGGAUCCGGCCAUGGUGUCUUUGACAUAGCAGUCAGCAGUGUGAAGAAGAGUACUGUCACCAAGGAGGUUGGGGUCCAGCCUAGUCCAAGCCGUCAGAGGACCAGUACCUCGACAGAGACCAUGACUGAUGACCUGCGGAAGAAGGUUGGCGACAAAGUGUUCCAGGAGAUCGUGCUUCAGCCGGGCGAGCGCAGGACCUUCGGAAGUGGAGACAACGUCGUUCACUACCACAACAGCCAAUCUGAACCCAUCACGGUGAAAAUCAACUACCUUGUCAACUACUGGGAGUGAUGCAGUGAACAGGGUUACCAAACCUGUGAUUUUUCACACUUUCACAUAUUUUGCAUUUAGUCAUUUAUAAGCCAGUACCUUUAUUGAAAGUAUUGUAGAAUCUCCUCCAAAGUGAUAAAUGUUUAUAUUCUAAAUUGCUGGUUAUGGAGAGGCUAUCUGAUACACAGUUUAUAUUUACACAGCUUUGAUUAGAGAAAAUUCCAGCCAAAAUGUAAAUUAGGGUGACGGUUUUUGCAGGAAUUUGAUAAUAACAAUAAUUAUACUGUUCAGUUAUGGAUGACUCGCUGGGCACUGUGAUGCAAUAAACAAUAAGCACAAAAUGUAAGACAGCAAAAAUUCACUGAUGCAGUAAUUAUCUAUAUCAUUGCCAAUAAUUACAAAUGCAAACAGUUGCUUCAUAGAAUAGAUUAUGAUGUUUAAUUGUUUUUGGUUGAAGCAUUUAGUAUUUUAUUGGCAAAGUAGUAUUUCUAGCAGUGCAUUAAGCAGGGAAUUUAUCUACAUGAUAAAUAAGAGAUAAAAGAUUAUGUACGGACAGAAACAAUAUGUCACUAUUGUUUUGAGGAAAGGAACUUGAUCUGAGUGUGCAGGCAUUUUUUUGCAAACAAGCAGGUUCAUGUUAAUCGUAUUGUUGGUCUUUGUGAACUGAAGGCAACAUUACCUGAUUAGAAAACACCUUUUUCAUGGUUUAUGUAUUUGUAGAGUAGACAAUACAGGUGCAGCUAAAAAAGCAGUCAAAAAAAAUUCUGUUAGGUUAGAAUAUGUAAGGUUAGUUGUUGAGAGAAAACACUAACAUUAGAUAUUAGUUGUACUACAUGUCUAGUCGUUAAGGAACGUGGAAGCAUAAGGUAGAAAAGGUGUACAAGAAGAGCCUAUUGAUAGAAACAUUUUAUACUUGCAGCAUCAGGCAAUUUCUGCAGAACAAUUAUAAUCACAUGGAUGCCCGGUAGAAGGCCUAUAUCAGCAAUAGAGCAAAUGGUGUUGUUGUUGUUAUCAUUAUAAUUGAGUUUGCUUGUACGUGAUGUUUAGUCUAUUCUGACACCAUAUAGGGGACAGUUUGCGCCUUUCAGAUUGUUCUAUGUUACAUAGCAUUUAAAGGUGUUUAUAAGGGGAGAGAACCAUUUUGUGGUGUUGAAAAGAAUGUUAUAUGUUCAGUAUGUGGGUAACGGGUGCAGGAUAAAUGAUACUGUAGUGUUGAAAUCAAUAAAGACGCAUCUUAGCCA